UUGACUCUCAAACCCAAAAAUCAACCCAGGGACAGAUGUUGGGUGAAAACACUACUGUUCAUAAUGUUUUGAGUGACAUGGUUGAUAGAGCCUCAUCAGAAACUAGUUUGGAGGAACUCUGGUAUCGACUUCAUACUGCGAUAACAGAAUUACAAGCUGUCAGAUUCAGUAACACCAUGAACCGGAAAGUCAUAAACGAAUUGAUAGCCCUACAAGAUAAAGAAUCCAAUGUGUCCAAUGAAGUAUGCAUAGCUAGGGAAGCUGUUCAGAAGGCUACUUUGGCAUUAUCUUUGGCUGAAGCGAGGCUGCAGGUUCUAAUGGAAUCAGCGCGUCACGAUGCUUCUGAGGUUGAAGAUGAAGUCUUGAAAACUAUGAUUUGGGGUGAAAAAGCUAUAGAAUUGGAGCGUGAGGCCACUCAAGACGUGAAGGAUGCAGAGGCUGCUUUUGAGAGAGCACUGCAGGCCUUGGACAUGUUUUGGAUGGGAAAACUACAUUUGUAGACGAGGAUGAAAUAAAGAGGAGCAUGGCUGAAAAAGAGUUAGCAGUAGAUGAAGUCUACACUUGUGAGGUAAGCUUUUUCUAUGAAAAAAAACCCUAUAAUUGUUCUUAUAAUCUUGUUUAAGAUGUUUGUCUCUGACUUGUUUAGAUUUGCACCCGUUGAGUCUCUCGAGCUCUCCAAACCCCGUUUCCCAUCACCAAGUUACUUUAUGUUGUGUGCUCUUUGUUCUUCUGCAAAAUCGUUGAGAAGAAUUCAUUGGAUUCUGUAGUUUGAGACUGAGCUCUGAUCUUUUGAAGCUCCUGCAACUUAAUGGUUUCGAUGCAAAAGAUUGAGGAAUCGUGUUGCCAUUAUUCUUCAAAGCCUACUCCUUGAGUCCCUUGUGGCAUAAAUCCAGCGUUUAAAU